CUGGAGAGUGAGAUUUCUAACUAGAAAUUUAGAGCAUAUCAAGAGAAGACAAAGACAAGUAUACCAAUUGCUGGCCAUUUCCCAAAACAGAAGAAAAUGAUCCAGGCCCAGGAAUUGCUGACACUGGAGGAUGUGGCCGUGGACUUCACCUGGGAGGAGUGGCAACUCCUGGACCCCGAUCAGAAGGACCUGUACCAGGAUGUGAUGUUAGAAAACUAUAGCAACCUUCUGUCAGUGGGGUAUCAAGUCAGCAAACCAGAUGUUCUCUCCAAGUUGGAACGAGGGGAAGAACCCUGGACAAUAGAGGAUGAACUCCACAGUAAAGUCUGUUCAGACACUGGCAAAGUUGAUUAUUAUCUCCAGGGUCACUGGGAAAAUCAAAGAAUGCUGAAAGGUAUGGAACAAAACCGCAAACACAAUACAUUUGGAAAUAGUGGUCUUCAAAGCAGAAGUCCUUUUUCUUUUGGGCAAAAUCAUGGUGUGUUUGAGUUCUACAUGAAGACUCUGAAAUCAAAUUUAAGUAAAAUCUAUGAAACUAAGAACUCUACUAAAUUGAAUGGAGAUGGAAAAUCAUUGCAGCAUGGCAAACGUGAUUUUCAUCCUGAAGUUACAUUCCCUGUCAGUUCAAAACCCAUUUGCAAUAAGUCCCAAAUCAUUAAGCAUCAGAGAACUCAUGAAGUAGAGAAAGCCCAUGUGUGCAGUGAAUGUGGGAAAGCCUUUGUUAAAAAGUCUCAGCUCACUGAUCAUGAGAGAGUUCACACAGGAGAGAAACCUUAUGGAUGCAAUCUGUGUGCGAAAGUAUUCUCCAGAAAGUCCAGGCUCAAUGAACACCAGAGAAUUCAUGAACGAGAGAAAUCCUUUAUAUGCAGUGACUGUGGCAAAGUCUUUACCAUGAAGAGCCGAAUGAUUGAACACCAGCGAACUCACACUGGAGAGAAACCCUAUGUGUGCAGUGAAUGUGGAAAAGGCUUUCCAGGGAAGCGUAAUCUCAUUGUACAUCAGCGAAAUCAUACUGGAGAGAAAUGUUACGUCUGUAGUGAAUGUGGAAAGGGAUUCACUGGGAAGAGCAUGCUCAUCAUACAUCAGCGAACUCAUACUGGAGAGAAACCCUACACCUGCAGUGAGUGUGGGAAAGCCUUCACCACAAAGCACUAUGUUCUCAUACAUCAACGAAAUCAUACAGGAGAGAAACCAUAUGUAUGCAAUGAGUGUGGGAAAGGAUUCACCAUGAAGAGCCGUCUAAUUGAACAUCAGCGAACUCACACUGGGGAGAAACCCUAUGUGUGCAGUGAAUGUGGAAAAGGCUUUCCCAGGAAGAGUAACCUCAUUGUGCAUCAGAGAAACCAUACAGUAGAGAAAUCCUAUGUAUGUGGCGAAUGUGGGAAAGGCUUUACUGUGAAGAGCAUGCUCAUCAUUCAUCAGCGAACGCAUACUGGAGAGAAACCCUACACCUGCAGUGAGUGUGGGAAAGGUUUCCCCUUGAAGAGUCGGCUGGUUGUACAUCAGAGAACACAUACUGGAGAGAAACCAUACAGAUGCGGUGAAUGUGGGAAAGGAUUCAUUGUGAAUAGUGGACUGAUGUUACACCAGCGAACUCAUACUGGAGAGAAACCCUAUAUAUGCAAUAAAUGUGGAAAAGGUUUUGCCUUUAAGAGCAAUCUUGUGGUGCAUCAGCGGACUCAUACUGGAGAGAAACCCUUUUCAUGCAGUGAAUGUGGAAAAGGCUUUACCAUGAAACGCUAUCUCAUUGUACAUCAGCAAAUUCAUACAGGAGAGAAAUCCUAUAUGUGCAGUGAAUGUGGAAAAGGCUUUGCCAUGGAAACUGAGCUCAUUUUACAUCAGCAAAUCCAUACUGGAGAGAAACCUUACGCAUGCAAUGAAUGUGGGAAAGGCUUUGCUGUGAAAAGUCGUCUAAUUGUCCAUCAACGAACUCAUACAGGAGAGAAACCUUUCGUGUGCAGUGAGUGUGGGAAAGGCUUCUCUUCAAAGAGAAAUCUCCUUGUACAUCAUAGAAUUCAUAAUGGGAACAAACCCUAAUGAUGCAAUGAAUAUAGUCUACUCACACCUUCAGGAAAAUAAUAUGCCUUGUACAACAUCAGAGACUUCACACAGGAUAGACUUUUUAUAUGUACUGACUGCAGAAAAUUCCAUUCAUACAGUAUUGAUCUCAUGACCCACCAGGGAAGUGACACAGGAAACAAACUGUGUGUAUGCAAUUAGUGUGAGAAAGCCUUCAAAGUGAAUUCAGCACCCACCAUACAUGAAUUUCUAAAAGACAAGAGACUCUAUGGAUUCAAUGAUUGGGGUAACCUUUCUCUCAUUUGUCAAGCCUUAUUAAUACACACAACAAAUGUGUAGGUCAAGGUACAUAAUUCUUUGCAGAGUCAGAAUUCAUUAAAUACAAGUGAACUCGUGCAAGGAACAAACCAUGAUAGUUCAGUGCAGUACACUCCUAGCAUACUUGAAUAUAGUACAUUAGCCUGAAUACAGUGUACAUUAGCCUGUUACUAGAUUUUCUCCCAUUGGGAAAUUAUGGUAUUUGCAUAGGAGUGAAUUUUAAUGAAUGCAAAGAAUGUGCUAGUGCCUUCAGUGAUAAAUUACCUCACACCAGAUGUCAAAAUUAACAUGUAGGGGGGAAAUUCUAAUGCAGUCAAUGCAGGAAAGUCUUGAGGAAACAUUUCUAGGUAACUGUAUGUCUUAAAAGUAUAUAUAAUAUAACUAUUAUGAAUGG